CGGAGCCGUGGCCGGAGGCGAUGGCGGCAGAGGCCGCCGACCCACCGGGAGCCGGGGACCUGCCGCAGCUGGCGGAAAAUCUGCUGUGUCGGCUGCAGGAUAAUUUUCAGGCUCUGACGGAAAAGUUAACGCUGAGAAUGGAAGAAAUGGGCGAGCGCAUCAAUGACCUUGAGAAUCGUGUUGCUGACCUGAUGACAGAGGCUGGGAUAGAAGAGAACACUGACGAAGACUUGAGACAUUGAAAGGAGGAUGUGUUCAAGAAACACAAAGGCAGAACAGCACUGCAUUGACUCCAGGAGUUUACAGUCAGUGUCACAUUGACAAAAAAUGUCAAGGGAAAACAGUCAUGUUUGCAUCAUGUAAUGAUAGAAUCUCAACAUUUUUUUUUUAAACUAUUUCCCCAGGAAAAAAAGUAGAAUGAUGUGUUUACUUCUCUAAAUGUGGCACUGUAUUUCCUGGAGCUGAAGAACUGUUAGUUUCAGAGAAGGCAAACCCACUAUUUUGGAUAGAGAACUAAAUCCUAUAUAGUGAACUUAAUCCAAACAAAUUUUUUCAAUCUAUGAAAAUGUAUUUCAUUUAUUUUAAUAAUAUUAAAAUAAUAAGAUUUC